AUAGAUGUCAAUGAACAACAGGAAGUUGGAUGGACAGACCCAGUGAAGAAUGUACAGCUAGCUAAAUGCCGAAUGAAUUGAUAGGCAAAUAGGCCCUUUCUUCUUUUUUCAGUAACGCGAGAUUGUCGUUAUCAGCACGAUGGACGAGUCACAAAUGGAACUACCACUGUGCCAAUGACACAUCGCAGGCCUCGCGUAGAACAAGAAGACAUGUGUAUAUUUAUGUGUGGAAGUAUUAUGGAUUUAGCAGCAAUAGUAGUGCAACCAUACUUACAUAGGCAACAGUAGGGACAACCGCCAUCGCUGUUAUGUGCUGCUGAUGGAUGAAGGCUCCUAAAGUGCCGAAGUGCAAAAGCACUUAACUAUCGUCUAGAUAGAGCCGAAGUCCGAAGCAACCAUACACUGAUUGAACAAGUCACUCAGUCAACGGCAAGCCGAAUAAGGGCUGCUGGUGACGCUAUCUCGCGAUAAUAACGGUAGCAAGGUUGCUUUGUAAAAGGCGCUUGGCCGACACCGAACCGAACCCGACUAAUGAAGCCAACGUCGCCUUGCCACUUCGGUGAACGAAGUUGAGGUGGCCGAACCUCAACUUCGUUCACCGCGUAUAAUGCUGAAUAGGAACGACACAACCGAUGCCUCCGUCAUGCUGGUGUAACUCCGUUAAAAAUACACGAGGAAGGAGAAUUCGAGCUACGGCCACGGACACCGUCCGACAGCUAUGUCUUCAUACGACUCCGGCUAAUGCUUAGAUAUAAAGACUGGUUUGGUGAUUGACUGUUCGUCACCGUCGAAGCGACAACAGUUUAUUUUCCUGUUUCUAUGCGCGGGACGGCCAACUCAAUCAUGCUGUUAGCGGAGGGAAUCAGGGUGUUUUUCCGAUCGCGCAGCAGUAACAGCGUUCGGCUGUGCUGAUGCUGUCGUUGUCAAUGCCGGAAUGAGCAAUAAACAAUCGCGGCAUUGCGUUUGUAGCGUCUAAGCGAUAAAGGAUUAGCGGGAGGAGAGGGUCCCUUUUACAACGUCGAUACAGUCAAACGUUUCUAGUCAAAACUAAAACUGGCAGCCUCGUAGUUAUUGUGAAGCUAACAGAAACAUGCGAGCAGAACAGACAAGCGAUGCAAAUUGGUGAAUGUCCCGUAGUAAUGUCUCCAGUUAAUCCUUGCGUGAUGGCACGGAGGGCACCUCCCGAAACCGCCCCCGAAGACCGCAAUUACCUGCAAACGGCUCUCGAACACUUCGAUCGAGCCGCGGAAGAUGAUCAGGUGGCAUUUGUUGAGAAACUGCUUUUAAUGAUGAGCCACGCCCAGCAUUCGCGCGUUAGUUCAACCUUGAUUCCUAUGUUGCAACGAGACUUUAUCAGUCUGCUACCGAAGAAAGGUCUUGAUCAUCUUGCUGAAAUCAUUCUGUCAUAUCUCGAUGUACAAUCGUUAGCGAACGCUCAAUGUGUCUCGAGAGAAUGGUACCGAGUAAUAGCUGAAGGUAUGCUAUGGAAGAAGCUUAUCGAACGGCAGGUUCGUAUCGACCCACUAUGGCGAGGUCUGGCAGAACGUCGGGGCUGGAUGCAGUAUCUGUUUAAGCCGGCGCCGGGUAAGCCUCAUCCAGGACACAUGUUCUAUCGCAAACUCUAUCCCAGCGUGGUUACAGAUAUCAAAGCGAUUGAAGACAACUGGAAAACUGGCCGACCUAACCUCCAGAAGAUCAAUUGUCGAAGCGAAAACUCCAAAGGAGUGUACUGUCUGCAGUACGAUGACAACAAGAUCGUUUCUGGGCUCCGGGACAAUACGCUUAAGAUGUGGGAUCGCAAGACCUUAAAAUGUACACACGUGCUGCAGGGACACACCGGCAGCGUUCUAUGCCUGCAGUAUGAUGACCAGGUUAUCAUUUCAGGCUCAUCCGACUCUACCGUAAAAGUGUGGGACGUGAAAACUGGAGAGCUAGUGAACACAUUGAUACACCACUGUGAGGCGGUUUUACAUCUGCGUUUUACCAACGGCAUGAUGGUAACGUGUUCAAAGGACCGCUCAAUUGCUGUGUGGGACCUCACUUCACCAAGGGACAUUGCGCUUCGUCGGGUCCUUGUCGGUCACCGGGCAGCCGUCAAUGUUGUUGAUUUCGACGAGCGUUAUAUUGUUUCCGCGUCAGGUGAUCGCACAAUUAAAGUCUGGAACACCUCAUCGUGUGAAUUUGUGCGCACGUUGAAUGGUCAUCGACGAGGAAUCGCUUGUCUUCAGUAUCGUGAACGUUUGGUUGUCAGCGGGUCCUCCGACAACACGAUACGGCUCUGGGAUAUCGAGUUCGGUACAUGCCUUCGUGUUCUUGAGGGACACGAAGAGCUUGUGCGAUGCAUACGGUUUGAUUCGAAGCGAAUCGUUUCAGGUGCCUACGACGGGAAGAUCAAGGUGUGGGACCUGAAUGCCGCGUUAGAUCAUCGUGCACCAGCUGCUCAACUCUGCGUCCGCACACUUAUCGAACACACUGGUCGGGUUUUCCGACUGCAGUUCGAUGAGUUCCAGAUCGUUUCUUCAUCACACGACGACUCCAUCCUUAUCUGGGACUUCCUCAAUGUUGAUCAACCGCCGCCCGGGUCUCCGCUUGCACCGCAGGCUACUCAGGGCGGAGCCCCUGGUGGAGCAGGACCGUCGAUGGCAAAUCCGGCUGCUCCUGGCGCAGUUGGCGGGGGUGGAGGCUCUUCUGACAAUGAAUCGAACCCUGAUUCGCCCCGAAGAAACUUCCCAUUUCCCGCGCCAGUCGGGAAAGCUGUCCGUGAUUGAACGACAAACCUGAUCAACUAUUAAAGUGGAUGCCUGGAUUGGCACAAUCUGAAGCGUGCUUGCUGACGCAAUAACAAUUAAGCAAAGUGUGAAAUGGGCAAGACGAAGACAAAUGACGACUAGACGACUACGUCGAAGACGAUGAACAGUUGCGUCCACAUGGAUUUGUCAUAAUUUUCCCUCCUUCCGUUAACCUGUUUUGGCCGAAAGGUAUCAAGAUAUUACGUGUCAUAAUAGCCGCCCACGUACCAACAUUCUCCAAUCCAGCUGGACCGUCUUGACCUAGUCACGCAACAUCGCCGUACGAAAGUCGCAAGAAAAUGUCUAACCGCCAGCUUUGGCCUCAAAUUUGAAAUUGUUGUUGCUAGCUGUUCGGUUGUCUAACAACAUACCGAUUAAAUGGGAAGACACUAUGAAUCAGUAUAUCUAAACAAUCAACACAACCGGACGCGCGCCUGUGCUCUUUAGGAAAGAAAGGAGGUACCAAGCAAAACGAAAAAUCUGUUUUCGAGAACGAACAUUUUUCUGGUUUUAUCUGGGGUUUGAUCCGACCUAUUGAUCUUUAACGGUGUUAUUACCAGUCGCGACGUCUUUGGCGUAAGCGGAUUCGCCUAACCAUCAAUAGGAUCCAAAGGCAUGGCGGCAGAUAUUGACGGGGUAGUAGAUAGCCAACUGGGUGGCGUUAACCCUACCAGAGACUGGAUCUGGGGACAGCAAGUCCAACAAAUCUGACGCAGCCGAAAACAUAAUACGAAAAAAACGGACACACAGAUGUGCUAAGGGUUACGGGCAAAAUGGGAUAAACAUCAGUCACGGCAAAGUUGUUUUUCGCGCGUGAUUAUAUGAAUGUGUAUGUGUUAAAUAGAUAGGCCGUACACUGGUUUUGGCCAAUAUAUGUAUAUAUAGCAGUAGAAUAACAGAUGUAUUUAAUAGACAUACACGCAUAUAGAAUAAUAUACAUAUAUUUGAAGUCCAGCCAUGUUGGCUGUCGAUCACCUAGACAGAGUCGGAAUUGAUCUCUGCCUCGAUCCAUUUCUGCUGCCUCUUCUAAUCACUGGCUCUCUUCACUGGCUGUCGAAUCGAUUUUGUUUGCUUAACACACAUACCUCUGUACAAUUGAUAGAGUACACAGUGGUUGAACGGAGCUGCUGAUCGUAUACUAUAAGAACAAAAUAUUUUCUUGCACGAAGCACCUUGAGGGCAACAGGAAAUGUAGUAUGUUAUGGAAGUAAACCAUCGACGUGGCCGUGUCCUUUGUGACGAAUCUUCAUAUCACUGUGCAAUCUUAUUAAAAGGUCGAGCUGCGAAGUGUUUCGAAUAAAUUCGGUUAAUGUUAGGGCAGAGGUGUAAAGAAACAAGACAUGGAUAUAUGAUGUUAACACAAAAACACCAUACAGUGAUAAGCAAACCCACUAACAACAGUAUGAUAUCGUUCACAUCUAUAAAUUGUUAGAGAGUAACAUAAUAAUGGGCUGAAUAGUUAUACCUGUGUCAUCGACGUAGAACACCCUCAUGGCAAUAACGACGAUAACGAAACAUGGCAUGUUAUAAGGAAAAUCUGAUAUUCGUGUAAGUGAUCGUCAAAUCGGGUAAAGAAAAAACGGAAAAUAGUUACGAUCAUAGUAAAUACACGGCCACGUCCCACUGGCAGUUCGGUGGUGGACAGUUGUCGUAUAUAGAGGUAAUCGUAGUGAAAAUCAAUACGAAUAAAUAUGGAAGCAAAGCGUAAGGGCAAACGAAAACGGAGAAAAACAAACGCACUAGCGAUUACGGGAAGGGAACAUGACACUUGAAAUGAAGUAAAAAUACGUCGUAUGUCGUAUAGACGUUGACGGAGUACGUGAGGCAAUGUAAGAACUCAAAAGGGGCUUAGAUUUAUCUGAGAAACAAACUUGAAUUUUCUAAUUUUACGCUGAUAACGAUCGUAAUAAGGAUGCUUGAAUUACAUCCGCAAAUACCUUUCUUUGUUGAACUCCAACGAAAUCCUUGCUGAAAGUAUGUAGAGCGGCUUUUCGCAUUUUCACAUUGUCGCGUGGUUAUGCAUCUACAUUUAUUUGAAUUUAUGAGUAGAAAUGGUUCUAAGCGGGCCAGAUCAACAUACCAGGGUUAAGCAGAAGUUAUACUAAUAUAAAGCUAGUGAGUAAAGUGAUAUGGGAAGUUAUAACUGCCUAGGAGGAGGAAAACUAGAUGAUGAACGAUAAUCCCCAGCCUAUAGAUAUAUAUGAGCACUUGAGCAGAAAACAUGUAUAAAAGUGCAUAUGUAGAAGCAGCGAUGCAUAUUUAACGAAAGUAGUCAUUAAGUAUAUAUAUACACUUUUCUUUUUUCCUCUACAUAUUUUUUUUAUAUGUACCUAUAUAUAUUUACUUGAAAAAGAGAGCGAGAGAAAGCAACAACAGAAAGGCAAAGUUCCUGGCUAACUGUGUUUGCCGGCGACGCAGAAAUCUUGCUCAUCCGGAAAACGACAGAGAAUAACACAUAUGUGAAGUCCAAGAAGACUUCUAAAGAUGAAAAACAGAAAAUAUUAAGAAAAAAGAAAAAAUAUUAAGACGUAAAUAGUAAUGGCGAAGAAGUUUGUAAUGGACGUGACGAAGCUACAAACAUACGAUUAUUAUUUACUAGUUACUCUUUCUUCCCUUGGAACCUUGUGGAUCUCCAUUUUAUAAUGAGAUUAGUAUAUAUUAACAACGACGAUCACUGAACACGGUAUAGUCCUAAGUGAUAACGACUCGUUUUUCCAUCUUUUUCUUUUUUCUUUUUUAUGUUAAGCAAACAGCCGGUGUUUACACCACUCCAUUAUCACUGUCUAUCAGACGAUUUCUCACGGGAUAUGUGACGGGGUAUUAAGCGAAAAAAACAGGGCAGAAAACUUACGGUUCCAACGCAAUCGAUUAUCCUGGAUAGAUUUACAACAGAACGUGGCCGUAAAAGAAUUAAAGUUACGAUUAAGCUGAAACAAAUUAAUAACAACCACUCUGUAUGCGUCCGGCAUGUGUUGGAAGACAAAAUCAUCGAAGGUAACAUAGGCACGCACGGCAAAGACAAUUGCCUGUGGCAGCAGAUAUAUGAUGGCUGUGAUGUGGGAAGAGCAAGGUCGUCGAUUUGUUCUUUGAAGAUAAUGCCUGGCAGAUCUUUAAUUGGGUUGAGUUCAAGUUUGUCUAGAGUGUUCGAGUAUCCAUUAUGGAGUUAGCGUUAAGCACAGCAAUCGCCGUUAGAUGGUUCUUCUAUUUUCUAGAGAUACAGACAGAGAGAAACGAGCAGCAUAUAAGGGGAUAGAUCGCCGGCCAUCAGCACAGCGUGUUUUAGGCAACGCAAUCAGCCUGGAUAGUCGGUUUUCAUCACGACCAUAAUGAUUAAUAAUCAUCAUAAGAAAAUAAGUAACAGAAGAAAGUGCGCAUUUCAUUCAUUAGCAAUUACGGUAGUGAUGGCGCGACAUGGUAACCUAUCCCAGAAGCGGUGAUAUUCACACAAACACGUAUAAUAUAACGUUUGACGGACGACCACGUCUGAUAGUGUUUCAAGAAGAACGGCUGGAUAAGCCAUUAUUAGGGAUAGGCGAAACAA